GAGGUAGCUCUCUCCUAGCCUCGGGUCCCUGACGUGGUAGCCGGGGCCCUUCAUUCUGGGACUUUCUCUCGGCCCUCGCAGGCCUCGCCCGCUGGAGGACGCGGCGGGCACCGGGCUCGGCGGGGCGUGAGAGAGCCGGGCCCGGGAGGAGCGGGCGCCGCGGCGGCGGUGGUGCGGGGCUCGGCGCGGCGCUGGGCUCGGGCGGCGGGGCAGCGGCGGGAUGGCUGCGGCCGGCGGCGGGGCGGCGGCGGCGGCGGGCCGAGCCUACUCUUUUAAGGUGGUGCUGCUCGGAGAAGGCUGCGUGGGGAAGACGUCGCUGGUGCUGCGCUACUGCGAGAACAAGUUCAACGACAAGCACAUCACCACCCUGCAGGCUUCUUUCUUAACAAAGAAGUUAAAUAUUGGUGGGAAGAGAGUAAACCUUGCUAUAUGGGAUACAGCCGGUCAAGAGAGAUUCCAUGCAUUGGGUCCAAUUUACUACCGAGAUUCGAAUGGAGCUAUUUUAGUUUAUGAUGUAACAGAUGAAGAUUCUUUUCAGAAGGUAAAAAACUGGGUCAAAGAAUUACGGAAAAUGUUGGGAAAUGAAAUCUGUUUGUGUAUAGUUGGUAAUAAAAUAGACUUGGAAAAGGAGAGGCACGUCUCCAUUCAAGAAGCAGAAUCGUAUGCAGAGUCUGUGGGAGCAAAGCAUUACCAUACUUCUGCUAAACAAAACAAAGGCAUUGAGGAACUCUUUCUUGACCUUUGUAAAAGGAUGAUAGAAACGGCCCAGGUGGAUGAGAGGGCGAAGGGCAAUGGCUCGAGUCAAGCAGGGGCUGCGAGGCGCGGCGUGCAGAUCAUCGACGACGAACCUCAAGCCCAGAGUGGCAGUGGAGGGUGCUGUUCUUCUGGGUAACGGCUCACGCCUGCGAACUAAACAAAAUGGAACUGUGGAUCAUCCCUCAACAUGAAGACUGCCAUAUUCCAAGUCACGUCAUUUUACCAAUGGAGUUAGAGAAUUAACAGUAUUUCCAAUUACGUUUGUAACACUGCAGAGACCUUAAGUGCUAAACUUAGUGGGGUUUGUGACAGAGGAUUGGCAUUUUCUACAAAUGUUAACAAAGCAAUUACCAAUGGCCUUUUUACAUAUUUUUUCUUUAAUGAGGAAUAAUAUGCAUGUAGAAAAGACCUACUUAAAGGCUUCAUUUCUAUUCUUUUAAAUCAGAUCUUUAUUUAAUAACUUAUAUAUGAUGUUGGAAUGGUAUACAUUUUUGCAGUCCUUUGUAUUUUGUGGUAGUUUGAAUUGUAUCACUUCUAAACAGCAUACUGUUUUUGUUUUUGUUUUUUGAUUAGCAGAUACGUGAAGUUCUAUUUUUGCAGGGUUUGCACAGGCCCCUAACUGUCUACUACUUUGAUAUAAUCUAUAAACAUCCUGUAUGCUGAGCUGAUAAAAUACAUUGUAAAUUACAUAUUAAAUAUUUUAUCUGCUUUUACAAGCGCAAGGUGCAAAAAUA